CACAGUGGUAUUGAUGAGUAGAUCCUUGGAUUCAGAGGUUGGCUGAAACACAUCAUGCCUGCUUCCAGCUUUUGCUCCGGAGAGUUCUGAAUUGCUAAUGCCUAUAGGGAGGAAGGAUGGCACAUGGGAUUCCUUCUCAAGGCAAAGUUACCAUAACGGUGGAUGAGUAUAGCUCAAACCCCACCCAGGCAUUCACACACUACAACAUCAACCAGAGCAGAUUCCAGCCGCCACAUGUACAUAUGGUCGACCCCAUCCCAUAUGACACUCCAAAACCAGCGGGCCACACGCGGUUUGUCUGCAUCUCAGACACACACUCCAGAACAGAUGGUAUCCAGAUGCCUUAUGGGGACAUCCUUCUCCACACAGGCGAUUUCACCGAGCUGGGACUGCCCUCAGAGGUUAAGAAGUUUAAUGACUGGUUAGGAAACCUGCCAUAUGAAUAUAAAAUUGUGAUUGCCGGGAAUCAUGAACUGACAUUUGAUAAGGAAUUCAUGGCAGACCUCGUUAAACAGGACUACUACCGUUUCCCCUCUGUGUCCAAAUUGAAACCAGAGGACUUUGACAAUGUUCAGUCCCUCCUGACAAACAGUAUUUACUUGCAAGAUUCAGAGGUAACCGUGAAGGGAUUCAGGAUAUACGGUGCACCCUGGACCCCGUGGUUUAAUGGAUGGGGCUUUAACCUACCCAGAGGCCAGUCUCUGCUGGACAAAUGGAACCUCAUCCCUGAAGGCAUCGACAUACUCAUGACACACGGACCUCCUCUAGGUUUUCGAGACUGGGUUCCAAAGGAGCUUCAAAGGGUGGGCUGCGUGGAGCUCUUAAACACAGUCCAGAGGCGUGUCCGGCCCAAGCUCCAUGUGUUUGGUGGGAUUCACGAAGGGUACGGCAUCAUGACCGACGGUUACACCACUUACAUCAAUGCCUCAACCUGUACCGUCAGCUUUCAACCGACCAACCCUCCAAUCAUAUUUGACCUUCCAAACCCACAGGGCUCCUAAAGCGCUCAGCAUUCCAUUGGAAUGUGAGGGACGGUCUACAAACUGCCAUUGGAAUGUGAGGGAAACUGCCAUUGGAAUGUGAGGGACGGUCUACAAACUGCCACUUUUCUAAUUAUAAACUCACAUUCUCUGACUUGUUUAUUUCCAAAUCCUGUGAGUUCUUUUUGUAAAUUGUCGGAACAGGAGGGGGGAAAAAGAUGCUAGCAUUGUGCCGCCUCUUUUUGCUUUUUUGAGUGGGGCAUCCAUUUGAAAUCAAAGGAGCAUUGUGAAUUUGUAAAAUGACUUCUGUUUGCUCAAAGGCCACGCCAUUGUAAAUUGUUAGUGUUUGCCAAAGGACAGCCAAGCUUUCUUUAA